GGGAUGGAGCAACCUCCUAACUGUGGAGGGGAGGAGAAAGAGCAGCAAGGCUCAGGUUGCUGCCCUCCGAGGGGCGGAUAUCGGAGGCAGGGUGCUAGGUUUAUAGGGAGCAGCUGGAGCAGCUGGGAAGGAAUUCUGAUUUCACCUUGGAUUCUCGUCUCCACUCCCAGCUGCAAGUAAGUGGAAAUAUAGAAAUGGAUUCAGUUGGCAUGUGGGGAAAGGGGAAUUCAAAUGGGGUGACUAAAUUAGAGUCAAAUUAUUAUUAUUAUUUCAAAAUCUAGACGUGGCAAGUUAAUGCAGAGCCCCUGGCGAUGGCAUCUUAAAUGAGAAGUGUGUGAAGAUGGAGCACUUUCUCUCUCUGAGUGGCCUCAUUCCUGCGUCUUUAACAGCGGGAAUUUACUGCACAGAAAUUCAGCAGGGAAAGCUGUUGCUUCCGCUGCAUCUCCAUGCCAGGGAGAGCUUCACCUGUUAAAUGUCUGCCUGCUGCGUUGCUUUUAAAAAACAGCAACAGAGCCUUUUAAAAAAAAAUGAAGCAAAUUUAAGAACAUGAGACCGAGCAAAAUGCAAGAUUGGGGAGUGGUGUGGGGGCAAACAGACGGGACUACAGACUCAGAAGAGGGGAGAAAGGUUCAGAAAGUUUAGUGGGCAGAGGGAGGUGGCAAUGAAGUGCAACCCUAAGAGAGCUUUUUGCCUCAUUUUUCCAAGAUGUUGAUUUAGCUUUUGCCACUAACAGAGGGUUGCAAUUUUCUAGCCGUAGUAAAGGUAAAGGGACCCCUGACCAUUAGGUCCAGUCGUGGCCAACUCUGGGGUUGCGGCGCUCAUCUUGCUUUAUUGGCCGAGGGAGCCAGCAUACAGCUUCCGGGUCAUGUGGCCAGCAUGACUAAGUUGCUUCUGGUGAACCAGAGCAGUGCACGGAAAUGCCGUUUACCUUCCCGCCAGAACAGUACCUAUUUAUCUACUUGCACUGGUGUGCUUUCGAACUGCUAGGUGGGCAGGAGCAGGGACUGAGCAACGGGAGCUCACCCCGUCGCGGGGAUUCGAACCGCCGACCUUCUGAUCGGCAAGUCCUAGGCUCUGUGGUUUAACCCACAGCGUCACUCGCGUCCCUUCCUAGCUGUAGUAGAACACCUGAUUUGCAUGCAAAAAAUCCCAGGUUCGAUCCACGGCCUCUCUAGGUGGGUAUGGGACGUCUCCAGGCUGCAACCCUGGAAAGCAGCUGCCAGCCAGAGUAUACAAUACUGAACCACUGGUAUAAAGGGAUCUUCCUGUGCUUUUUUGCCUUUAACAGCUGCAUGAAGCAGGUGAAGCUUUGACACGCCCCCUCCCCAAAAUCGCUGUUGGAAGCUCUUCAAAACCAAGAGCAGACAGCCAUGCAAAAGACUCAAAUUUAUUAUGAGUCAUCUAACACGGCUGCAUUGACCCCUGCCUUUCCUCCUUCCUUAAUGGAGAGUUCAUGCCAUCGUGAGUUUCAUACCAGGCAGAAAUUCAGCCGGUGAAGGAUCCUCCCAUAACAGCGUUGCUAUGCUGGGGGGGAAGCUUUGCCUGUCAGCUGGCGAGCUGUGAAACGCACCGGUGCCUUUUCAGGUGACAGGUGGCAAUCGUCUGUCGCCGUCCUUCAAGAGAGGAGGCAGAACAUCAUUCCAUUUCUGGGUGGAGGUGGGGAAUCAGAGGUGGAACGGGAGGGCAGUGAAGGAGCACAUGCGAAAGAAAAAGAAGCCAUUUGCAGCUUUGCUGAGAAUUUUACAAUGUGUAUUGAACCUGGUAAAGGUGCGGAAGAUUUCUGCUGCAAGGGUUGCCAACUCUCUCUUCUUUUAAACCAGUCCCUGCCCCUGCGCCUCUUACGGUGCUUCCAGGCUGUUGCUAGUUCCGGGUAGGGUUUGAUCACGUACCAACAAACUCAGGCUGCACGGUUGAAGUUAAUCUCGUGCAACAAACCCACUUCUCAAAACUGGACUUCUUGCUGGAAGGAAAGUAAUGGGGAAAGCCCUGGGAAGCGUGAGGUGAUAUAGCUGGCUGGAUGCAAUGUCAUCUGACCUCCCUGCAGGCGAAUCAGAAUGAACGCUCAAUGAACGGCUGAUGACAUCGAAGCUCCACACAAAUUUUGUGAGAACAGUUCAGGAUUACUCAGUCAUGUGGAGGAAACCUUAGGCACAGUCGUCAGGCAGCGCACGAGCAUUUCAACACCAUUGUCCAACACCGUUAUUAACCAGUUCCCCCAAAUAUGCCCUUGUUUUCUUCCUUCCUUUUUUCCUCCAGGAACUCGAAGACCCGCCAACACCAUGCAGCUUGCGGUUUCCGUGGCAGUGGUCCUCAUGGCUUUGUUUGCUGUGACAGGUAGGAGCCGAAAACCUUUUCUUAGCUCAUUAUGCAGCGCCACCAAUGCGACUGGAACAGGCUAGACUGCAUCUAUUCCCUUCCACUGGCUAAUUUGGAAAUUCUAGUUACGCAGGUUUGGCAAAGGAUCCUUUCCACACCUUCCUGCUCCCGGACACACACACCCCGGGCCCAAAAUAAGCCCCUCCCUCUGACAGCUCUUCCCAUUUGACAUGUCUGUACAGAUCCUAUCACUGCAGCUGGGCGACAUAUUUUUUUCUCUCUCAUAUGAAAGCACCAACACUUCUUUUUCCUGGCCAGAGAAAAUUUGGCUUCCCAUCAGUGCCGGGUUUGGAUCUGCAGCUGGCCAAGUUUGUGGGCAGAAUCUGCGUUGGGCAUUGAUGUUCAGUGGGUGUGAGGUUUGGAAGCAACAGAGGCUUAAAAAUAAGAGGGGGAGGCGGGCUGGACGUGAUCUGGAGAGUGUUAACAAAAGUCACUUAUAUAAUGAGAAAAGACUUGGUAAAACUUUACUGGGGAAAACAGAACAAAACACUGUAUAAUUUGAGGAGAAAGAACUAGAGAGCGGAUUUUUUUUUGUGGUGUGGGGGUGUUUCUUAAUUCAGGCCUUGUGCAGGGCAGGAAGACCUUCAGCCGAACAUACAGAGAAUAGCUCCUCCAGAACUUCACAUCCAAUCACAGCAUGUGCUAUCUCAGCAAAGAGCAUGCCACUAUGUUUAGUUGCUAAGCAACACCUCCGCCAGUUCCUUUUUUGGCUUGCUUGCUAGCGUCAGAAUUAACCCUUAAGUCGCAAACUGAACGAUCCCUGCUGUUGCACGUAUCUAACAGAUAGCAGGAGGAACCUUAGAGAUCGCAGGUUUAAAGAAAUCAAAAUCAAAACGAUUUCCCAUUUUGGAGUUUGGUGGUGUGCGCUUUAUGAGAGGAAUCCUGUUUGUUUCAUGAAUCAAAACACAUAGGCUGCAAUCCAACCUCCCCCUUAUGCUCGACUGUCGUGGGUUUAGAAAGAGCAGAGGGGUCCCCAGUCUCACUUCUCUGUGUAUCUGGGGUACCACCCUGUCUUUGCUCCAUCCCAGCUUCCACUCUGGCUGAGCACAGAAGAGCAGCUCUUCCAGGCUCCUUUAGCUGGUACCUCUCGCCUCAAAUCUAGAAUGCAGAGCCAUAACCAGGUAGACUGCCCCACCUGCUGGAUGCUCUCUCUCCCUCUCCCAGAGGAGAAAACUAGACCACAGAGGUAGCAGCCAUAGCACACCACUUUGCUUUGGGGUAAUACAGCAGCCCAUGGCCCAACGCCAAAGGCUUAAUGGUUGAUACCUUAACCCUGGUUAAGAGUUUGGGAGAGGUCAGGCUCUGCCUCUUGUCUCCUUCUCAGCACUUUGACAUGAAUGAGCCUCCCUUCCUUUGUCAGCCUUAACCAUGGUUCAGCUUUACAUCUGCGCUGGCUGUAACCAAGGUUGGGGCUUCCUAGCGCUAGGUGUUGUCUCAGUCGAUUGCAUGUUCUGUCUCUCCUCCCUCCCCCCCCUUUCCUUGUGGUUAUUUUCCAUGUUUACCCACAUCAAGUGCAGGGGUUCAUCCCCCAAUCUGUGCAUCUUAAAAAGAAAUAGAGGAGGCAUCUCUCUUUAAUGCUAUGGUGGCUCAGAGUUGUAGGUGCACAUGUGUUUUGCUGGUAUAGAAGCAAUUGCUUCGCCCCCACAGUCUAGGUUGCCUUUUUAUAUUUCUGUUUUGUCCUUUACAUUCCCCUUUCCCUUUGCUUAUUGUUCCCAAAGGUCAUGGAUUUAAAGUGGCUUUUGAACUAGGGCAUGGAAAUUAAAAAUUGUGUUUUUUACUAUGUGGGCAGGAUACGUUCUUCCUUCCUUUUUAAUUUAGGUACCUUUAUGCAUCCUUUUGUUGUGUGUGGAGUGGGGCGGGAAUCUGCCUUUCAUUAUUAAGCAAAAAAGGGAAAAGUUCAAUUGGCUGUAAUUUGUAUUUUACGUCAGACUUCUUCAUAAUAGGUUGGAGUCAUAUAAUUGGAAAUAUAUGAAUAUUUUGUCUGAUAGCUGACUGUGUAAGUAGCACGAGAGAGUUCAAUCUCUCUGUUAUCACCUCUUCAGCCAUUAGGAAGGUUUGAGAUACUAUAGCACUGGCGAGAAUCAAAAUUUAUAUGGAAAUUGUUGAAAGUUAAGAACAUGAAUACUAGCAAUAUAUCACAGCUUCUAUAGCCUACAUAUAGUAGGGGUAUUAAAAAUGAGAGUCGUCAUGGCAAUCCAUAGUUAAAAGUAGAAGUUGGCAAAUGUGUCCUCUUUUUUUGCUCUUCAAAAUAUGGCAGCCCUAACUAACCGAGGUUAGUUUUUAGCUAGGUUUGCAUACGCUGGUUCAAUUGAAACUUGGUUCAACCGUGCAAGGUUGAAACCACGCUAGCUAAUUACACGUAAGAUGUGAUUGUGCCAUACUAACCGAGGUUAGCUUUUGGCAGUUUUGCAUAACCUUGGUUCACUUGAAUCAUUCAUGUCGAUGAAGAUGCAACACAAGGACGUGUUUAGGGCCAACCAGAGAAUCAGAGAACAGCAGGAGGAAGGAGGGGAGUCGGGGCAUAUUGCAAAACCAGAUAUGUUUAGUUUCCAAGCUGUGCAAUCCAUUUCUCACUGCCUUUGCCGCUGUUCUCUUUGCUUUCUCUAAGCCUCCGCUGAGGUUGAGCCGACAGAGCCCUCCCUGUCUCAAAGGUUUGAGAACUUCCAGCGCAAUGUUCAGACUUUUAUUGACAACGCUGGAGAGAGGACCAAAACAGCUUUCCAGGAGUUCCACAACAGUGAGCCGAUCUCCAAAGCCAGGUGAAUUUCCGGUGGCUUCCUUGCAAGGCCUGAAACCCAGGGCUGUGUACGCACAGAAUUCUCCCAGUCCAAAAAAAGAAUUCUGGGCAUUGCAAUUUGUUAAUGGUUGCUGGGAAUUCUAACUUUGUGAGGGAUAAACUACAGUGCCCAGAAUUCUUUGAGGGAAAGGGUGCGCGUCAAAUGUGCCUCAGAGCCAUAGUGUGGACAAAACUUCGGGGGAGGGGGAAACUGCUGAGACACAUGUAGCAGACAGAGUUUUGUGCGCUACGGAACCUGCCCUGAGCCCCCUAGCCUAGCAAAAUAUCUCACCUAACUACUUGAAUAGAGAGCCAGUGUGGUGUAGUGGUUAAGAGCGGUAGUCUCGUAAUCUGGGGAACCGGGUUCACGUCUCCGCUCCUGCAGCUGCUGGGUGACCUUGGGCCAGUCACACUUCUUUGAAGUCUCUCAGCCCCACUCACCUCACAGAGUGUUUGUUGUGGGGGAGGAAGGGAAAGGAGAAUGUGAGCCGCUUUGAGACUCCUUAGGGUAGUGAUAAAGCGGAAUAUCAAAUCCAAACUCUUCUACUUAGAAAGUGGGAUGGCAUAAAAAGAAGCUCCAAGAACAACAAAGUCAUGCUCCUUGAUGAAUCUGAAUUAUGUCUUUUCACCAAUUCUCAUUAAGGCCCAGAAGGAACCCGAAAGCUCCUGUGGGUUGUAGCUUAGUGGCUCUGCAUGCAGAAGGCCUGACACCUAGCAUUUCCAGAGAAAGGCUAGGAAUGGCCACUGUCUGAAGCGCCGGAGAACCUCUGCCAGUCUGAGUAGACCAUAUUGAGCUAGAUAGACCAAGAUUCAGACUACAUAUAAGGCGGGUUCUUAUAUUUCCUCUCUCAGAGUGCAGAGUUGGGCUCCAACUAGAUUACGGCUAGAUUGGCUAGAAGGCAUCAGGCCCUGCAUUUCUGCGGGGGGGGGGGGGUUGCAAAGCAAAAGGGGCCACAGUGGUAGCAAGGAUCUGCAGAGAGCAACAUCUUUCCCUAAUCUCGACGGGUAUUCAAGAGAAACAACAGUUCCUCCAGCCACCAGUAGGUGGAGAGAGUAGAGCGGGACAGAACGCAGCAGGGCGAAAAAGCUCUCUCCACAGUCACUGCCCCUUUGAUAUCGCAGCUAGAAAUUCAUUUUAGACACUCUUGGGGACUGGUUGCGCUCCCCGUCGGGCCCCCUUGCCCCCAGAAUGCCUCCCCCUGAAGAAGGACUUUGCUCACCUCUGUGCAAGGUAGAGAAGGGGGCAAGGCAGAUUUCAGGAGGCUGCGCCGCCGCCAUUGCAUUAUUGAAAUCAUUGAAAUACUUUAUUGUCACUUGUACAACUUGUAUACAGUGAGAUUACACAAGCACCCCCCACUCAGCUCUUAGUCUUAAUUCCCCUCGUUUACUGACGCACACCCACCAAACCCAAAAGUCAGUUGCCCUGUUGUUAUCUUUUCAUUCAGCAGCCUAACAGCCCACGGAUAGAAGCUGUUCUUUACCCUGUUGGUGCGACUAAUCAUGUUUCUAUAUCUUCUGCCCGAGGGCAGGAGAUCAAGGAAGUGCCGGCCAGGGUGUGAAUCAUCCCUGAGAAUUUUCCUCACUCUCCUGAGGCAACGUUCUUCCGCUGUUUCAUCCAGCGGAUUCACAGGGCAGCCCAUAAUAUCUUGUGCUGUAUUCACCACCCUCUGUAGGCACGUCCUAUCAGUUGAUGUCAAACCAGCGUACCACACCGUGAUGCAGUAUGAAAGGCCAGGGUGUGAAUCAUCCCUGAGAAUUUUCCUCACUUAUUUUCCUCAUUAGAGGGGGCAGAACUGUUUAACAGCCAAUUGGGGGAAGGAGGAGAGGAGGAGGGGUAGCGUGGGGGGUGGGAGGGGGGAUGGUGCCCACCUCGAUCAAGUGCUGUGUCUUGCACAGACCCUGGCGAGGGCGGGCAUGACUCCUUCACUGUUGCCUUCCCAUUGGCAGGAACUGGCUCUCUGAAAGAUUCCAGCAGGUGAAGGACAAAGUCAAGGCGACGUUUUCCAGCGAUGGCUCUGCCUGAAUCCAUCCCUUCCCUCACCAUCGCACACCUCUGUUUGGAAGGGAGAUCUGCAUCUGACUCUCCACCGCCAGCAGGUUGCAGUGGAGGAACAUCUAUUUCCCUCCAGGUGCAGGAAAAUCUGGGAGGAGGAGGCAGGGCUGCAUGGGUAUACCUCUCCUCGGCUCCUCCAUUUUCUAUUUUUUUGUUAUGCAUUUAUUGGAAUCAUUUAUUACCCUCAAAUAAACAGAAGAUUCCUCGCUCUGUAAUCUCAAUUGUUAUUGCAA